CUCUCCAAUUCCAUUUCCACCGUUUUCUCCUGCCUGUUUUCUUUUACACCCUCCCGCUCACCCUCGUCCGUUUCCAUCAGGGACGACGAUGCUUUAAAUAUUCUCUCUCUCUCUCUCUCUCUCUCUUCAUGGCUGCUGAUCCCCAAACCCUAGCCCCCGCCGGCGAUCACCCGCCGCCGGAGACCCAAACCCCCCUCCUCGAUGCUGCAGAUUCCCACCUCGACGUUGCCCUCCACCGCCUUGAGUGCUUCCUCGCCGUCCUUGGCUUUCACCAUGCCUCAUCCUCCCUUUCCUUCGUCCUCUCUUGCUUCGCCUUUCUUCUUCUUGGCAUCGUCACCCCGACCCUCUGCAUCUACUUCUCCCGCUGCUAUGGUUCCCGUUGCGACGAGUACCAGAUCGAUCGCUUCGAGUUUUGGGUUUUGUUCUUCGAGGCGGUGCUUGCUGGGGUUUCCUUGGGUUGUGUUUCUCGGAAUCUUUUCAAGUAUGGGAUGAGGAGGUUUCUUUUCGUGGAUCAGCACCACGGCCAUCUCGAGCGGUUCCAGACGCAGUAUGUUCGGAGGAUUCAGGCGUUUUUCUGCUUGUUGCUUUGGUGGAUACUCCCAUGCUUCAUUGCAAAGGCUACACGUGAAAUCAUUCGAUUUGUAUAUGUUCAUCAUGGCUCAAUAUGGAAAUCUGUUAUUUUUACGUUAGCUUCAAUUAUAUCAUGGACUUAUUUGACCACAAUCUUUUUGUCUGCCUGCGUUUUGUUCAAUUUGGUAUGCAAUUUACAAGUUAUUCACUUCGAUGACUAUGUUAAACUUCUUGAAAGAGAUACAGAAGCUUUGGUAUAUCUGGAGGAACAUGUUCGCCUACGAUACUAUCUGUCCAAAAUCAGCCAUAGGUUCCGGAUAUAUCUUCUAUUGAUAUUCCUGUUUGUCACAGCAAGUCAGUUUGUGGCGCUUUUUCAAACCACAGGGUAUAGCGAAAUAGUCAAUUUCAUCAAUGCCGGAGAUUUAGCUGUUUCUUCAGUUGUUCAGGUUGUUGGUAUUGUCCUUUGCUUGCAUGCAGCUGCUAAAAUUUCUCACAGGGCUCAAGGUAUUGCUUCAGUAGCUAGCAGAUGGCAUGCUUUAGUGACUUGUACUCCAAAUGGUGAUUCAUCUUAUCCAAGAGUCACAAGCAGCUCAGGAAAUUUGGAUGCUGUUUCACCAAAUGCAUUACUGAGAGAAUUUUCAGAGAGUGAUCUGGACUCAUUAGACAAUCUUCCAGUGCAAACAAAUACUCAUUUGGUUUCUUAUAUGUCCUCAUACCACAAGAGGCAAGCCCUUGUUAUGUAUUUGCAAAGUAAUCCUGGUGGCAUUACUAUUUUUGGAUGGACCGUUGAUCGUGCACUAUUAAAUACCAUCUUCUUCAUCGAGCUAACCUUGGUGUUAUUUGUUCUUGGCAAAUCAAUUGUCUUUUCUUCUUAGUGAGACCAUGCUUGAAAGAGCUUUGUGUUUUGACCUCAAGCCCGACGAUUAGGCUCACCUGCAACCUCGUUUUAUCAGACAUAAACCGGCCAAUCAAUCAGGUGGGCGAUUAUGGU